CACACUGUUUCACAAUAGAGAGAGAGAGAGAGAGAGAGAGAGAGAGAGAGAGAGAGAGAGAGAGAGAGAGAGAGAGAGAGAGAGAGAGAGAGAGAGAGAGAGAGAGAGAGAGAGAGAGAGAGAAGCAAAGCAUCAAUGGCGAAAGCUCAUGUAAUGAUGGUACCAUUCCCAAUGCAUGGCCAUGUAAUUCCCUUGUUGGAGCUAGCAAAGAGCUUAGCCAAACACGGAACGAAAAUCACGUUCGUUAACACUGAGAUCAUCCACGAACGCAUCUUCAAUAUCGAUCGUCACAAACGAGAAGCCUUAUUAGAAGAUGGGGUUCGUUUGGUUUCGGUUUCAGAUGGAUUGGAAUCGAACGAGAGGUAUAUUCCCGGAAAGCUAAUGGAGGCGGUGUACAAAGUGAUUCCUCAAAAAAUCGAGGAAUUAAUACGAGAAAUCGAUGACACGUCCAAGGAAGAUAGGAUUACUUGUAUUAUUUAUGAUCAAUCCAUUGGUAGCAUUCAAAAAGUCGCCGGAGCAAUGGGAAUCCGAUCGGCGGCAUUCUUGCCCGCUGCGGCGGCAUCGUUGGUGCUGGGAUAUAACAUUCCGAAUCUGAUUGAGGAUGGAAUAAUUGAUGGUGAAGGAGCACCAUUGAGCAACAAGCCGAUCCAAUUUUCGCCAACAAUGCCGAUUAUGACCCCAUCGGACUUCGUCUGGCACCGCAUCAAAAUCCCAACCGUCCAAAAACUAAUCUUCAAUAUCAUGAUCCAAAACAACAUCGCAACAAGCUCCGUGGACCGUCUGAUCUGCAACUCGAUCCACGAUCUCGAGCCGGGCGCAUUCGCCAGCUCGCCACAAAUAAUCCCAAUCGGCCCUCUCCUCGAAAACUCAUCAUCCUUACAAGGGCAUUUUCGUCAAAACGACUCUAACAAGUGCCUAGAAUGGCUAGACCGUCACCCGACCUGCUCCGUUAUAUACGUUGCAUUCGGUAGCCUAGCAAUGUUCAAUAAAGCUCAAUUUCAAGAACUGGCCGUCGGGCUCGAAAUUACGGAAAUGCCCUUCUUGUGGGUCGUUAGGCCCGACAACCGGAACUUCCCGGAAGGUUUCUCGGAGAGAGUUUCGAGCCGAGGGAAGAUUGUGGAAUGGGCCCCGCAGCAGAAAAUCCUCAGCCAUCCUUCGAUUGCUUGCUUUGUGAGCCACUGCGGAUGGAACUCGACUGUCGAGAGUGUGAGUAAUGGAGUUCCGAUUCUUUGUUGGCCUUAUUUUGCGGAUCAAUUCAUCAACCAGAGCUACAUUUGCGAUAUUUGGAAAAUCGGGCUGAAAUUUGAAAACGACGACGUCACGUCCGGAGAAAUUAAGGACAAGAUUCGUCGGCUGAUCGAGGAUUGCGCGUUUAAGGAGACGGCUUUGUGUCUUAGGGAAAAGAUCGAAAUUAGUGCAAGAGAAGGUGGGAAUUCUUACAAUAAUCUCAAGAAUUUUAUCACUUGGAUAAAGAAUUAAUGAUAUAAUUAAAUUAAUUGUGUGUGUACAAUUUAAUGUAUGUGAAUUAAUAUUUACCAAUUGUUGCACGUGGUUUAAUUACUAAGGUCCAAUUAAUGCUGCCAUGCCAUAUAACAUGGCAUGUGAAAGCAAUUACAAACCUGGGCAAUCCUGUCUGUUUUUUAUUCAGAUAUCAUGUGAAGAUUUAAUUACUAUCUUCCAUUGAAAUUGAAUUCAAUUUUUUUUUAUCUUAGUAAUUUUUAUUUUUAUUAUUGACUGAGU